GGUCGUUGGUGUUCCUGCAGGCUUCUUAAAAUGCAAAAAAGCCCACCCAACCCAACUUCCUGACUGUCACCAGUGCUUUCAAGAGAUACUACAUUCUGCCAAGUGCUAACGAAAUUGCUCUUUGCCAUCCACCAGUUUCCAGCUCUGCCUCUAUCCUUUCACUGGAGCCGUGACACCAGAUGCUGCCGCUCUGCCUGGGCCCAGUCACGGAGCAGUGGGGAAGGUGUCUGGAGCCCAGCCCCUUCUGCCUUUGGCUGCUUGCUUGGCAGACACUGUUAACAUUGUCUGCGGCUUGUAGAGAGUGGACUGGACUCCAGGGAUGCUUGUGGAGAGGUGGCAGGAUCCAAGGUGCUGGUGUCUUGCCCUGCCUGGAGCCUGAGGUCCCGCGUGCCCAUCCACUUCCUGACGUCACCAAUGCGACCAUGGGAACUGGCAGUGAAUAGGCGGCCACCCUCUGCCCCUUUUAACCAGCGCCGUUUCUCGGGGGGACCUUGCAGCAGCCCCGACCACCUCCGGCGAAGCCCCCCUGCCAGGCGUCAGUGGGGACGACGCGACCGACCUCUGGCAACCCUGCUGGGCCAGGAUGAGCCCCAGCUGCACCCUGCCUUCCCCCAGCAGCCGCACAUCCCUGUAGAUGAGCCCCGCGCCUACGCUCUCCCCAGCACACCGCCACGAAUGCUUCACCCGGCCGCUCACCCGCCCCACCAGAACCCAUUCAUGGUGGAUCUGCAUGACCAGGUGCACCAGGGACCUGUCCCUCUCUCCUACACGGUUACCACUGUCACGACGCAAGGCUUCCCCAUCCACGCCGGCCAGCACAUCCCUGGGUGCAGCACCCAGCAGCUCCCAGCAUGCUCAGUGAUGUUCAGUGGACAGCACUACCCGCUCUGCUGCCUCCCACCCCCGCUGAUCCAGGCAUGCGCCAUGCAACAGCUUCCCGUCUCCUACCAGACAUUCCCCCCCAUCAUCUCCAGCGACCAUUACAUCCUGCACCCCCCACCACCGCCAGUGCCCCCCCACCAGCCGCCCCACAUGGCUCCCCUGGGGCAGUUUGUACCUCUCCAAGCCCAGCACCCACGCAUGCCUCUGCAGAGGAUAGAUAAUGACGUGGACCUGCGAGGGGAGCAGCACCCCAUUGCGGGCUUCACGUACCCCCCAUCUCACCACACUCCCACACUGUCUCCUUCCGUGCCGCUACAUUACCUCUCCCACGACCCGCUGCACCAAGAACUGCCAUUUGGCGUGCCAUACCCCCACAUGAUGCCCCGGCGGCUGAACACCCAGCGGUACCGGCUGCAGCAGGCGCUGCCCCCACCGCCACCCCCUCCGCCACCCCCCCCUUACUACCCGAGCUUCCUGCCCUAUUUCCUCUCAAUGCUUCCUGUGUCGCCAACGGCUGUGGGGCCCACAAUCAGCCUAGACCUGGAUGUGGAUGAUGUGGAGAUGGAAAAUUAUGAGGCAUUGCUGAACCUGGCUGAGAGGCUGGGGGAGGCCAAGCCGCGGGGACUCACCAAAGCAGAUAUCGAGCACCUCCCGUCUUACCGCUUCAAUCCUGAGAGCCACCAAUCUGAGCAGACCCUGUGUGUCGUGUGCUUCAGUGACUUCGAGGCCCGGCAGCUUCUUCGCGUCCUGCCCUGCAACCACGAGUUCCACGCCAAGUGUGUCGACAAAUGGUUAAAGGCGAACCGCACGUGCCCCAUCUGCCGGGCGGACGCGUCGGAGGUGCAGCGGGAGGCAGACUGAGGCUGGUGGGUGCUGUGCCGCACAAUUCGCUAGAGGACGAGGACGCUGGGCCAGGGGCGGGGGCCGCUGCCCGCUGCUAGGGCCUGACCCUGUGCUUACCCCCCUCCCCAAAGCCUCUCCUCGGAUGUGGUGAGCAUUGAGCAGUCCGGGCUCCUGGCCAGCCCUCUUCCUCCCCGCUGGGGCACGGACCCAGCCGGACGCCUGCCUGCUGCCCUCCAGGGGCCCCGAAUCGUGUUGUGCUGGAGGCGGGAGGUGCGUGGCCGUGCCCCUCCACGCUCCAAAGACGCUGUUGUUGCUCCAUCACUUUCCAGGUCUUUGUACUCUGCUAGGGAAUUAGUGGUUCUUCCCUAUGUCACUUGUUUUUCCAUGGUAGGGUUUUCUUUCCCCAUUUCCUUUCCUUUUCUGUUGAGUUUUUGGUUCUGUGGCUGUUUGACCCAGUGGCGCAGGCAGCUCCUUCCCUCAGCGUUGUUCACAGAGGACGCAGGGAGGAAAGAGGGGGGUCGCGCCGUGGGUUUGAUGCUGGCAGCACCCUGAGCCAGCGUGCUGGGAUGGCCUCAGGGGCAGCUGGAGGAGGUGGCCGGUGGAGUGUGGCCAAGGUAGGACACCAGCAACCCUGUGGCGUGGCUGUGGCAGGAAUGCCUCUGUCCUCGCUCCCGUGUGCAGUCUGGUGUGGUCUCUCCUGCCUUGGCUGCUCUGGGGACCCCCAGAGGGUUAUGGCUGCUUGGGGUCUUUACCUGAUGGGAGUAUGGUGCUGGCACGGCCCUGGCCCCUCUCCUGUUUCAUUCCCCUGUGCCCGGCCAGCACAGCUCCGGGGGCGGGGCCAUGUGCAGGCAUGAGGCAGCCAGGCCUCUGGGGGGGACCCUUGCCCCGUCCCCACCGCCAUGGGCUUGCGGUGGCCCUGGUAUGCCGCCUGGCCCCUAGCCUACGUUGUUUCUCUGUAAAUUGAAGCAGCUCCACGCCCCUGUCCUGCUGGCCGGACGGUGCGGCACGGUGCCCAGACAGUGGGCAGUGAGGGGCCGGCUGGGCUGCGGCUGGUGCCCCGGCCCCCGGAGCAGGGGAUUUUUAUCCAUAAUCUGGUGGUGUGUUUUCAGUGCUACCCCCUGACCCUGCCCUGGCUGAUGCGGGAGGAGCUGUGCACAGCCUCCCUCCCCCCCACUGUCAUAUCCCCGACCCCGCUCCUGCGGGCCAGGGGGGUGUGAUGAGUGAGAAGCCGCUGCCAUGCCCUGCCAUGCCGCCCGGCUCCAGCACUCCCGCGUGGCCGUUGUUUUGCAUGAUUAAUUAUCGAGGAGGGUGAUUGGGGGGGAGGGGCGACGGCGGGGGUUGGGGGGACGGCCGCCCUCCCCUCGCGGCAUGCGUGUUGCCGAUGCCUGGGAGCCUCCGUGAGCGGACGCCAGCCCUAUGUAAAUGUUCACAAAUAUGCAUGCAUGUCUGACCAGCUUGGAACGUGGUCUUGGCUACGUCUAGCCGGCUGUGGGGUGAGGGGGGUGGGGAGAGGGGUUUUUGUGCUCAGCUGAUAACUGCCAUGCACUGUACUGCACAUGUCCGCAACGCCACAGCAGGACCGUGAGACUUUCAGGGCCGUCCCCGCGGGCUCUGCGCCCCUCCGGGCGGGAGGCGGCGGCAUUGGAGGGGGAGGGAGGGUGCGCCCGCGGCGGCGGCGUGUGCAAGGGGACGGGGUGGGAAGGGGUCGGCUCCCCGCGGGGCGGGGGGCAGGCGGCGGGGCUGGCCCCCGGCGGCAGCGGCCCUGGCCGCUGGGGCUGGGCGUGAGGCGCGGGGCCGCACCCGUCAGGUGGGUGGGCGGGCCGGUGCUGCCCGCGCUGCCACGCCAUAGGGCCGGAGGGGCGGUGCCAAUCACCGGGCUGCUGCGGCAGGCCCGCUCUCUAUUGGCAGAUGGCCGUGCAUCUCCGCCAAUGGGCGGGCCUCAAGCAGCAUGCCGGUGGGCCGGCGUCGGUCUAAGCCCAGCCAGUCAGGCGUGGGGGGACAGCCAGCGUUGCGUCCCCCUUGCCUCCCUUUCCUCGCCUCUCCGGCGGCCGUCGAGGCCGGAGCCCUCGGCUCCGCGUCCCCGUACCCGCCACGGUGCGGGCGCUGGCACCGCUGGGCUCGGUGUCCCCUGGGCAGGACCCUGGCCCCCCUCCCCGUCCCUUGCUCAGUGACUGAUAACCAAAGGAGUCCCCGUGCCGCGCGGCGGCCUCGCGCCCCCGGAGACGCCCCCCCCCCC